AUCAGCGGCUCCACGCUUUCGGGUUAUAAGAUCUCCGCACCCGCCAGGGGCUCAGCGGAGACUCAGAGUCUCCCCAGACCCUGAAUAUGCAGGUCGUGAUGACCCGAACUCUCGUCCUGCUGCUGUCGGGGGCCCUGGCCGUGACCGAGACCUGGGCGGGCUCGCACUCCAUGAGGUAUUUCUACACCGCGGUGUCCCGGCCCGGCCGCGGGGAGCCCCGCUUCAUCGCCGUCGGCUACGUGGACGACACGCAGUUCGUGCGGUUCGACAGCGACUCUGCCAGUCGGAGGAUGGAGCCGCGGGCGCCGUGGAUUGAGCAGGAGGGGCCGGAGUAUUGGGACCGGAACACGCGGAUCGCCAAGGACAACGCACAGGCUUUCCGAGUGGACUUGCAGACCGCCCUCCGCUACUACAACCAGAGCGAGGCCGGCUCUCACACCAUCCAGUGGAUGCACGGCUGUGACGUGGGGCCGGACGGCCGCCUCCUCCGCGGGUACAGUCAGUUAGCCUACGAUGGCGCGGAUUACAUCGCCCUGAACGAGGACCUGCGCUCCUGGACCGCGGCGGACACGGCGGCACAGAUCACCCGGCGCAAGUGGGAGGCGGCCGGUGAGGCAGAGCGUUACAGGAACUACGUGGAGGGAGAGUGCGUGGAGUGGCUCCGCAGGUACCUGGAGAACGGGAAGGAGACGCUGCAGCGCGCAGAAACCCCGGACACACGUGUGACCCGUCACCCCAUCUCUGACCAAAAGGUCACGCUGAGGUGCUGGGCCCUGGGCUUCUACCCUGCGGAGAUCACCCUGACCUGGCAGCAGGAUGGGGAGGACCUGACCCAGGACACGGAGCUUGUGGAGACCAGGCCAGCAGGAGAUGGGACCUUCCAGAAGUGGGCGGCUGUGGUGGUGCCUUCCGGACAGGAGCAGAGAUACACGUGCCAUGUGCAGCACGAGGGGCUGCCCGAGCCCCUCACACGGAGUUGGGAGCCGCCUCCUCAGCCCACCAUCACCGUCCCCAUCACGUGUAUCAUCGCUGGUCUGGUUCUCCUUACGGUCACUGUGGGGAUUGGAGCUGUGAUCCGGAGGAGGAGGCACUCGGGAGGAAAAGGACCGAGUUACUCUCACGCUGCACGCGAUGACAGUGCCCAGGGCUCUGAUGUGUCUCUUACAGUUCCUAAAGUAUGAGACCAGCUGCCUCGUGGGGACUGAGUGAUGCAAGAUGUGUUCACACUCCCACUUGGUGACAUCAACAACCCCUGAGUUCUCUUCCUGGAAAAGGUGUCAGAAUGUGGCUGUGUUCCUGUGAGCAUAAUGUGAAGACAUGAGAUUUGCCUACCCUGCCCACCAUGAUCCCUCCCUGUGCUGAUUUGCAUUCUCUUCUCUGAUGUGCUCUCCUGUUCCAGCCCAGGCGGGGCUGGACCGUCUCCAUCCCUGUGUUUAUUUCUUGUUGGGCUGAGUGCUGACUUAUUUAUCUAUGGAAAAUGAAAUCCAGAUAAAAGUUUUUGUUUCCUAAUUCUUGGUAUGUGGGGUUGAUGAAAUAAUAAAAGAGGAGACUUGUAAAGUUGUGACACAAAAUAAAUGGAAGCACUGGGAACCUUCCAGUA